AUGGCUACACCAUCUUCAACUCGAUUAGAUCUCGACGGAAACCCAAUCAAACCGCUAACAAUCUGCAUGAUCGGCGCCGGAGGUUUCAUCGGUUCUCAUCUCUGCGAGAAGCUGAUGUCUGAAACCGCUCACAAAGUUCUCGCUUUGGAUGUUUAUAAUGACAAAAUCAAGCAUCUUCUCGAACCGGAAACGCUUCCGUGGAAUGGAAGGAUUCAGUUUCAUCGGCUUAAUAUUAAGAGCGAUUCGAGACUUGAAGGUCUCAUCAAGAUGGCAGAUCUGGUCAUAAAUCUGGCUGCAAUUUGUACUCCUGCGGAUUACAAUACGCGUCCUUUGGAUACCAUUUACAGUAAUUUCAUUGAUGCGCUUCCUGUGGUGAAGUACUGUUCUGAAACUAAUAAGAGGCUUAUUCAUUUCUCUACUUGUGAAGUGUAUGGGAAAACGAUUGGUAGUUUUCUUCCUAAAGAUAGUCCACUUCGGCAGGAUCCUGCAUACUAUGUGCUUAAAGAAGAUGUGUCUCCAUGCAUUUUCGGUUCAAUCGAAAAGCAAAGAUGGUCAUAUGCAUGUGCAAAGCAGUUGAUUGAGAGGCUGGUUUAUGCUGAAGGUGCUGAAAAUGGCUUGGAGUUUACUAUUGUGAGACCCUUUAAUUGGAUUGGACCCAGAAUGGACUUCAUUCCCGGCAUCGACGGUCCAAGUGAGGGUGUUCCUCGGGUUCUUGCAUGCUUCAGCAAUAAUCUUCUCAGAGGAGAGCCCCUCAAGCUUGUCGACGGUGGCGAAUCGCAGAGAACCUUUGUUUACAUCAAAGAUGCCAUUGAAGCUGUCCUACUGAUGAUUGAAAACCCUGCCAGAGCCAAUGGCCACAUCUUCAAUGUAGGUAACCCAAACAAUGAGGUUACAGUUAGGCAGCUUGCCGAAAUGAUGAUCAAGGUCUAUUCAAAGGUAAGUGGAGAACAGCCUCCUGAAAAAUCUACAAUCGAUGUAAGCUCGAAAGAGUUUUACGGUGAAGGAUAUGAUGACAGUGACAAGAGAAUUCCUGACAUGACCAUAAUCAACAACCAGCUCGGAUGGAAUCCAAAGACUUCACUCUGGGACCUGCUCGAAUCGACACUUACCUAUCAGCACAGGACAUAUGCAGAAGCCAUCAAGAAAGUCAUUGCACAACCCAUUGCGAGUUAA